GGGGGGUGCGGCCCGUCGGGGUCCGGCGUGAGCCUGGGCGACCUGGAGAAAGGCGCGGAGGCCGUGGAGUUCUUCGAGCUGCUGGGGCCCGACUACGGCGCGGGCACCGAGGCCGGCCUCUUGCUCGCCGCUGAGCCCCUCGACGUGUUCCCCACCGGAGCUGCGGUCUUGCGGGGACCCCCAGAGCUGGAGCCGAGCCUCUUUGAGCCGUCGCCGGCGAUGGUGGGGAACCUGCUGUACCCCGAACCCUGGAGCGUCCCCGGCUGCCCCCUGACCAAGAAGCCGCCCCUGACUGCCUCCCGCAGCGGCUUGACCUUGAACGAGCCCUUGCGUCCCUUGUAUCCCGCCGCUGCGGACUCUCCCGGCGGGGAGGACGGGCCCGGCCAUUUGGCCUCUUUCGUCCCCUUCUUCCCAGACUGUGCGCUGCCCCCGCCGCCGCCGCCACCCCAUCAGGUGUCCUACGAUUACAACGCCCGCUCGGCCUCCUCCAGCCUUUGGAGGUCCGACGGGGUUUGGGAAGGAGCGCCCGGGGAAGAGGGGGCGCAGCGGGACUGACUGAGAGGUCCCCUUCCUUCCCAGUAGUGACUGCCACUGGGAGCGCCCCCAACCCCCACUCUCCCAAGCCUAAAGAACGAUGGAAAAAUGCAAGUAGGAGAUGAAACGGGAUUUUAAAAAAUACCCAAUUAAUAAAUGAAACUUAAGGGGAAAAAAAGACGAAGAAGAGUCGGGAAUUGUCUUAUUCGCAGCCUUAAGUGUAUUUUGUUUGUUUUUUAUUUUAAAGUCGUCCAUAGGUUCUUACUAGACCAGAUGAGUCAAAAAACCAAGGCUGGGUUUGGGGACUAAUGGGGUGGGAAUGGCAUACGGGGUAAGAGGUGGCUUGUGCGGCCAACCUGGCCCUUCAACUUUUCAGCAAAGGUCAGUGUGUUUGUACCCUGUCUAAACUGUUUCUGGUCCCUCCCGGUUUCCGCCCCAUGAGUGCAUUAUGAAUUAAAGCCUACAUUGCAAAGA